CCUACUUUCCUUGUGGAACUGUCCAGAGUGCUGGCAAACCCAGGAAACAGCCAAGUUGCAAGAGUUGCAGCUGGUUUGCAGAUCAAAAACUCUCUGACAUCUAAAGAUCCUGAUGUAAAGACCCAACACCAACAGAGGUGGCUUGCAAUUGAUGCCAAUGCUCGCAGAGAAGUCAAAAAUUAUGUUUUGCAAACCUUGGGUACAGAAACCUACAGACCCAGCUCAGCAUCACAGUGUGUUGCUGGCAUCGCCUGUGCAGAGAUCCCCAUGAAUCAAUGGCCUGAACUUAUUCCUCAGCUAGUAGCCAAUGUUACAAAUCAACACAGCACAGAGCAUAUGAAAGAAUCGACAUUGGAAGCCAUUGGCUAUAUUUGUCAGGAUAUUGAUCCAGAACAGCUUCAGGAUAAAUCCAAUGAGAUUUUGACCGCCAUUAUCCAGGGCAUGAGGAAAGAAGAGCCAAGUAAUAAUGUGAAAUUAGCGGCUACUAAUGCACUCUUGAACUCUUUGGAAUUUACCAAAGCAAACUUUGACAAAGAG